AAACCAUUAAAUGCUUUUAUCUAUAUCAGCAAAUGCUUAUCACUUUCCUAAUUUCCGCUUGUUUCAAUUAUCUGUUUCUUCUUCGCUAAUCUCUCUGUUACCACCAAAAAGAUAUUCUGCAGCAUAAAAUUUUUUUUGCUAUUCAAGUACUUUAUAUUAAUUACGAGAUAAUAUUGUAAUUAAUUCACUAAUCAGGACUAUAUUUAUUGUUUAAAGAGAGAAAAAUAUAAAUCUAAUGAAGAUUCUAAAGAUAAAAAUAAAUUAUAUUUAAUUAUUGUUAAAUAACAAAUGAUGUUUUAUGUCUUUGAUUAUUAAUUUAUUUAACAUAUAUAUGGCAAAUUUAGUCUUUUAAUUGUAAUUUAUUUAAUUGAAGUUUUUGAACAAUAAGUUAGAAGUAUUAAAAAGGUAUUUGUUUACCAAAAAUUUAAUUAUUAAAAUAUAAUAUUAUCUAUGUAAACAAUAAACUUUAAUUAUUAAUUUAAAUAAAAUUUAUUUUAUUAGUGACCGAGUUAAAUCCGUCGCUAAAGAUUCUAUAGUCCGUGUAAACGGGGACAACUAAGUCAAUCGCGCCGAGUUUUCCAAAUCCCAAUGGACUGUGGACCACACCACACUAGACUUCACCGCCGACCUAAGUCCAAGGCUGAAAACAUAUAUAAAACCGAGACACCCUUAAAAAAAAAUAAAAAGCCUUGUCUACUGAUAUUUUCUUGCUUUCUUGAUCAUGGAUGAGCUUCAGAUUGCGAUACGAGAAGCACAGAUUCUUCAGAGAAUGAGCAACUGGGGUCUUUACUCUACCUUCGAUGGUUCUUAUGAUCCAAGAACUUUCUACGGAAAGCUAGACGUCGACGAGCUACGGCGGGCGAAGCUCGAAGAAAAGAAACGCGAGUUAGCGAGGUUGCGAGCGAGGAAAGAAAAUCGAGAGUUCGAGCUGGUGCUGCAAGAGGUGGAGUUUGAGGUUAUGGUUCAACUAGGAAAAAUCUUGGCGAAGACUAUUGAUCCCGUGCUGAAGGGAUUGAAGAAGGUGGAGGUUGAAGAAGGAGAGGUUUGUGGGGUUUGUCAAGAGGAGAUGGAGACGGGAGAGGAAGUUAGAGCUAUGGACUGCAUGCAUAGGUUUCAUGGGUUUUGUAUAGUUCAGUGGUUGAAGAGGAAGAAGAAGACUUGUCCUUUUUGCAGAUACGAGAUGCAAAUCCACGAGGAUACCUGAUUUUGGCGAUGAUUUGUAAAGCAGAGUUCAGUUUCUCCAAUUUUUUUGUCUUUAAACUUUUUUGAUAUUCAUUCUUUAGGGGAUUUUGGAUUGUUUUGUAAAGUUCAUAAGGUAAUUGAGGCAUAUUUUUUAUUUUGAUCAAAGCACAAUGUAUUAAAUUUGAUCAUCAUAAUGGAAAUUAUUGAGCUUAUUCAA